AUGCUACGUUUCCACUGUAUACGUCACAUUGCUAAAUGCUGCAUCCAUCAGCCGGCCAGAUUUAUUGUUUUUUGCAUUCAUUCCUAUAAUGUUUGCUUCAUUGCUCCUUUAGUUGGAUGCUCAAGCUGUCUUGCGCGGAGGCUGCAAAGUGCGCGCACUUCUUUUGUACCUUUUUUUUUUUGCAGCCACCUUGUGUCUUUAAAUGUCGGAUCUGCUUUUAUUUUCAAUUUUUCACCAUUUAUCUCUCUAUUUUUUCUGCUUUCGUUGUCGAUUUUUAUAAAUCAAAUAUUUCUAAUCACUUUCUUACAGAUUGCGCUUCUUAUAAUGGCUUCAAAUAACUUAUCCAAUCCAGCUAUAUCCCAAACUUCUUUCGCUAAAGGAUCCAAAGAUUUCGAUAUCGAUAAAGAAAAUAUUAGCCCUGAUAUAAAGCAACCAAAAGCGAAAGGAAAACCAUCUGCAUGUGUUUUUGUUGCCAGUCUUCGGUCGAGUAAGACUGACGAUGAGCUAUGUCGCUCGGUCACAUCCCUCUUUAGUAAGUUUGGCGAACUUGUCUCAGUCAAAGUACUCAGGGACCCAUUGAAUAGGCCCUACGCGUUUGCUCAAUACGCUAACGAUGAGGAUUGUAAGAAUGCAAUUACAUUGGGCCACGGCACUGAGUUGGAAGGUAGGAAACUUAGAUGCGAGGCGGCAAAAGUAAACAGGACUCUAUUUGUGUCCUCCUCGCGCCCUUUGCGUUUGGAAGAUUUGCAAACCACUGUGAGCAGGUUUGGUGAGAUCGAGCUUCUUUUGGGAAGUACACCAGAAGGUGACGUAGUUCACAUGGUACAAGGCGCAACAAGUUUCAGCUGGUUUGUUAAAUUUUCGUACAGAGAUGAUGCUAUACGAGCUUUUGCAAGUUUGGCUGAAGAUUCCCACUUUCAUGUCGAAUGGGCCCAAAACAUCGACGAUGUUAAUACCCUCGGGUGUAACAUCGAUCGUACUUCAAUCUACAUUGGUCUGCUUGGACCUAAUGUGACCGAGAAGGAGAUUACAACUCAUUUUUCUGCUCAUGGUGAGAUAGAAGAGGUUUCUGUCAUCAACAGACUCAGUUCUUCUUUUGCAUUUGUCACUUACACAACUGAAGAAGCCGCAGCAAGUGCUGUUGAGCGCGACAAUCACUCAAUGUUCAUGGACAAAACCAUACAUGUUCAGUACAAAGAAAUUUCACGCAAACAAACUCCCAAAGUUAUUUUAUCUCCAAGAUCCCCCGUUGCAUUGGCACCUCCGCCCAUCAAUUUAAGGAAAAAGGGAUUACGUGCGAAGUACACCAACGGGGGCGAUUUCCAAACCGCAAAACCAGAGGGCUCACAAGGAACACAUCGAGACUACCAACUGAAAGAAAAUAAAGUUGGCCUCGUAUCCGGGGCAAGAGGUUUUAGGAAAAGAGGGGCACAGGGCGGUUUGUAUUAUUUCAUUCCGCAGCUGUUGUGA